CUAUUUGUUUAUUAAAAAGGCAUUUCUUUCAAAAGAAAGUGCUAUAGAAACUGACUUGACAUGAAUGAAGGUGGAAAAAAGGUGAAAAAAGUGUCCUCAGUUUGGGUGAGUUGAAUGAGUCCACUGACUGCCCAGUGCUCCUACAGUGUUUUGUUUUUCCUUCUAUGGUUCGUCGCUUCUUCGGUUAGAGUUUGGUUAGUUAAAAUCACCUAAAACCAAUUUUCUCAUCGAGGGAAGUGUUUGUUAAUUGAACAGCUAUUAUUAUGUGGAUGACUGAGCUGUAGAUAGGCACAAAUUUAGGUAGUGGGGUUCGUGGGUCCUCCUUUUUUAUACAAAGGCAUCUAAUUCCUAAUUCCUAAUGCCCCUGGUUGUUAGUUUCCUGCUUUAUUUUCAGGAAAAGCCUAAAACCCAGGUUGGGAAAAAAAAUAUGGAAAAACAAGGCAGCUAUUUCAGUGUUUUUAAAUUACACUUCCAUAAAACAGUGUUAAUGAAUACUCCUCAUAAAUUGUGUAAAUUUUGUGAAAUAUUUUAUGAUGCGUAUUGAUUCAUCACUGAUUUACUGUAAACAAGAGUCAUAGUAUAAUUCUACUACAUGAUGUUAAUAUUUAGUAACGGUCCUAUCACCCAACUACAUAAGGUAUUUUUUCUUCAUCUUCACUUUGGAUGAAAGCGAACAUGGCAAAGUAUUAAAAAGUGCAGAUUUCUAUUAGAGCAGUGCAGCCUAGCAUCUCUCCACAGAUAAUUCCAAGUUUUACAACUGAGAGGGACAAUAAAAACUGAUUGUAAAAGUUAUUAUUGCUGUCUGAGUCAGGUUUGUUGUUUGUUGACUGAGGUUAUAUAAUCACAUCCUCAGUCCCUCAGAGAAAAUCUGAGCCCAGCAGCAGUGUGUUGUGUCUCUCCAGGAGGUUUUGACAGGGGAAACAUUUGAGAACCACUAACCCACUCUCUGCUGAAUGAGGUAGAACAUGACCACACCCCCUGUUACUCAGUGUGUGUCUAUUGGCUGUUGGGAAUUAUCUGGUGCCUGGAUGUGGCUGCUGUGAAGGCUUUAUAGUAUUAAAACUCCCCAAACUCCUCCAUCCUCCCUAACACUUGUUGCUACUGCCUGCGCACCCCCGGGAGAGGCCACCUGAACCGCUUCAACAUUUCCUUUGGGAUUUCCCGCGGGGAGUGAUGAACUCCAUCGACCCUCAAACCCAUCACCAGCACCACCAACACACCUCCAAUACCGUCGGCUCUCUCCCACCUAAAGGCGCCCAGGAGGCCCCGGACAUGGCCGCUGUCUACUGCGACAACUUCAGCAGCAUGUACCACCAGCAGAGCCUCCAGGGCGCACAGAGACCCGCCGGCUACGGCCUCGGAGAUUACGCAUCGUCUCCAAACCCGUACCUGUGGCUCAACGGGCCGGGCGUCAACUCCUCCGCAUCCUACCUGCACGGCAACAACCCGGCGUCGUUCAUCCCGCCUUCCUACGGCUCACAGCGGCAGUUCAUAACAAACUCACCUGGCUUUGGUGGGCCCGACCUGGGCUGGCUGUCCAUCGCCAGCCAGGAGGAGCUGCUGAAGCUGGUCCGGCCGCCCUACUCCUACUCUGCGCUCAUAGCCAUGGCCAUCCAGAAUGCGCACGAGAAGAAGCUGACCCUGAGCCAGAUUUACCAGUACGUCGCUGACAAUUUCCCAUUUUAUAAGAAGAGCAAAGCCGGCUGGCAGAACUCGAUCCGGCACAACCUGUCUCUCAACGACUGCUUCAAGAAAGUGCCGAGGGACGAGGACGAUCCAGGAAAAGGAAAUUACUGGACGUUGGACCCAAACUGUGAAAAGAUGUUUGACAAUGGAAAUUUCCGCAGGAAAAGGAAAAGACGGUCAGAUCCGAGCAGUGCAGGAGGAGCGGCGGCGGCGGCAGCGGGGGCCACAAAAGUCGAGGAUGGCAGGCCAGCUGUGUCAGCAUCAUUGAAGCCUUCAGACAGUCCUCAGCUCCUGGGGCCGUCCUCACCAGAGCUGGAGACGAUGAACGAGAACCAUAAGAGCUCAUCUUCGUCUUCGCCGCCCGGACUGGCCUCGACCGCUCCUUGCUUUAAUAACUUUUACAGCAGCAUGUCGACGCUCAGCUCAGGGGCCCCCAGUCGGCAGGGGUCCCUGGGACUGGUGAAUGAGCUGUCUAAUAGGAACAUUACGGCCCUGAGCCCGUACCACCUCAACCACGGUGGGCAGGACACGGGGGUGUCAGAGCACGGCGAGGGCUUGCAUUUCAACCGUGGAGUGUACUACAACACGUUUGGCAGCGGGCAGAGCGGACAGUUCAACAGUCACUUCUACAACAGCUUCAGUGUCAACAGCUUGAUUUAUCCCAGGGAAGGGACAGAGCUAUAGGAGCUGAUUCACCACAACCUCACACUGAUUUAGGGACUUGCUGCUCAGUUAAUCCCUCUGAAACACGCUAAAUACGUACGUGCAUUUCAGCAGAGGUCAGAGUGCAGGCUGCAACAACACUCCCUUCACUGAUCAGUUCACCUACUAGAGAGAGUAUGUUAGCUAAACUUGAUUUAACUUGACAAGCACUCAAACUGUGGCAACACCAGCCGGAAAGUCAAACAAAAAAUGAGCACUUAUCUUUGUACUCUUUUUUUCAAAUUGCUAUUUCAGUUGCUAAAAUAUAUUUGCAAAGUAAGACAGCCACUGAACACUUUUGUAAUAUUUUAAACAUCUAUUUUACAUUUUUUGGCAGUUUCAACAGAAACUUUCCUUAUUCUUGUCGUCAAAACCACUCUGUCAUGUUUAAGAUGCAAAUGUACGUUUGAUGUUUUGCCAAAUCUAGCCCAUAUUUCUUUGGAGCAGCCAAAUCUUACAGUUGACUACAUAUGUUGAAACUGUUUAUUCAUAAUCAAUUCAAUUCUGCCAAAGUUGCCUUUGUGAGACCGCCAUUACCUCAAAAUGACAAUCAUAUGAGAUGAAAGUGCCCUGCUAUGAGGGUUUACCUUUAUAUUUAGACAGUUUCCAAUGCAGUAACAAUUGAUUUAAUACAAAUAUGAUCCGAGACCGAGCUUGCCUUAUUUUUAUAUCCUCCACACUGACUGAAACCACAGCACUAAGGCUCGUGUAAAUACAUGUGGACUUUAUAAAUGUGUAUUUUUUGUAAAUUAUAAAGAUAGUUUGUGACUAUUUAUGCUAUUUAUGCUAAUAGGCAUUGUUUUCUACUGUUGUCUGAACGUAGUUUGAUUAAAGAAGAAGUGAAUGAUAUUAGCUUACAAAAUGCGCCGAAAACAGUAUCACUAAAACCCAGAUGUCAUAAAUAUAUAUAUAUAUAUAUAUAUAUAUAUAUAUAUAUAUUAAAAACUAUAUGCUAUAUCAUGGUCUCUCUCAGGAUUCAGUGUGAUAAUCAUUGAAUGGCUUUUGUAUCUAUUGUCAUUUUUUUAUCUUUAUACAGUACAUACAGCUUACAGGCAGUUUCAACUGUGACUAUUAAUAAAUAUCAUGUGGUCUCUA